GCACCCCAAAUUCCCCUGAGCUUCCCUGCCCCCCCAAACCUCCCAGGGACCCCAAUUCUGGAUCCUCCCAUCUCAGGACCCCCAAAAUCCUUAACCCCGAACAUUCCUGAGACCCCACCCCCCACCCCACCUGCAGCUCCCUCCCAUUUUUUGGCUCCUCCAGCCGGUUUUGGGGGUGACUCAGCUCCUGUCCCACAGGUGGGGUCCCCGUGGGAGUCGUGGGUGAACCCCAAGCUCCGGCUGCAGCAGCUGCUGCUGCUCUGGGGGCUCCCCGGGACCCCCGUGCUCUCCUACGGCGACGAGGUGGCGCUGGAGCGGAGCCCGAAGAUGUUGCCGAUGCCGUGGGAAUUGAUCGAGGGACUGGAAAAGGGCGGGAACGACUCUGAGGUGGGCGUGGCUUCGAGCUGUGAUUGACAUUUGAUUGGGGUUUUGUGGGUGUGGCUUUGUGAGGUCAUUUCUGAGGGUGGAGCUUUGGUGUACUUUUAUAGUGGUUUAGAGGGGCGUGGUUUCAUUGGCCACGCCCAUUAUGGGCGGGAACUCUUUAUGGGUGGGGCCCACAAAGUGGCACAAUGAGACCUUUUUAAAAGGGCAAUGUGCCCUUAAAGGCA